ACUAGUACAAUUUUGUUUUGGUAGAUAGGAGUAGGACCAUAUAGCACCGGUUUCCAUUAUUAAGCAGUAAUUGAUAGGAAACAUGUGUGAUUUAUAAUUGGUAUCUUCAUUCUCUAGUAUUGUAUAUAAACCAUCAUCUAGGCAUUCUUCUCCCGUUCCUCUAUAGUCAUGGAGCUUCACAACAACUUUUCUAACUUCACCUUAUUGGUUUCCUUUCUCUUCCUCUUUGUACUACUCAAAAUACUUACAAGAUGGAAUACUUCUAAAAACUCUAACGCCAAUUUACCACCAGGACCAUGGACACUGCCCUUCAUAGGGAACAUUCAUCAGAUUAUCAGCAGCAAACAGCCUCACCACUGUUUCAAAAAAUUGGCAGAUAAAUGUGGACCUUUGAUGCAUCUCAAACUUGGUCAAGUACCAUACAUAAUAGUUAGUUCACCAGAAAUGGCCAAGGAGAUUAUGAAGACACAAGACCUCAUAUUCUGUGAUAGGCCAAACCUUAUGCUGUUCACAAUAUUUAGUUACAAUGCUACUGAUAUUAUAUUCUCUAUAUAUGGAGAGCACUGGAGGCAACUACGAAAAAUAUGUGUUUUAGAGCUAUUAAGUGUAAAGCGUGUCCAAUCAUUUAGGUCCAUAAGAGAAGAAGAGGUGGAUGAUCUUGUUAAAUCAAUAGCUGCAAGUGAAGGAUCAAUUGUUAAUCUUUCUCAUAAGAUUUCCGACAUGACGCAUGGGAUAGUGGCGAGGGCAGCUUUUGGUAAAAGGAAUAAACACGAACAAGUAUUCAAAUCAGCACUUGAUGAAAUAGUAAGUUUGAUGGGGGGAUUUUGUAUUGCUGAUCUGUAUCCAUCUGUUAAAUUGCUUCAAAGGAUGAGCACGGCAAAGAAAAAAUUCGAAAAAGCUCAUAGAGAGAUUGACAUGAUAAUGCAAGAUAUCGUCGAUGAUCACAAAAACAUUCAUAGGAGAGUAAGCAAGGAUGAAGAUAUAGUUGAUGCUCUUCUCAAGAUUCAACAGGAAAAUGAACAUACACAACAUCGCGUGACUGACGUAGAUUUAAAAUCAAUCAUCCUGGACAUGUUCGCUGCUGGUACUGAAACAUCCUCAAGUUUUACGGCAUGGUGUAUGUCUGAGAUAGUAAAGAACCCAAAGGUAAUGGAAGAAGCACAAGCUGAGGUAAGAAAAGUGUUUGAUAAAAAAGGGUAUGUAGAUGAGACAGAGAUACAUGAGCUGAUGUACUUAAAGUCUGUCAUCAAAGAAACACUAAGGCUGCAUCCUGUUUUACCAAUGUUACUUCCAAGAGAAUGUAGGGAGAGAUGCCAAAUCAAUGGGUAUGAUAUCCCAGCUAAGACAAGGGUGAUGAUCAAUGCUUGGGCAAUUGGAAGAGAUCCAAGGUAUUGGGUUGAAGCUGAGAGUUUUAAACCUGAGAGGUUUCUUGAUAGUAAACUUGAUUUCAAAGGUACAGACUUUGAAUUUAUACCAUUUGGUGCUGGAAGGAGGAUAUGUCCAGGACUUGCAUUUGGCUUGCCAAGUGUUGAGCUAUCUCUUGCUCAAUUACUUUACAACUUCAAUUGGAAACUUCCCAAUGGCAUGAAGAAUGAAGAACUGGAUAUGACCGAGGCAAUUGGGAUUACAGCAAGAAGAAAACAUGACCUAUGCUUGGUUCCUAUUAUUCGCCAUCUUUGAUAUGUAUUGUUUAAGAAAACAGUUCAAUAAGUAAUUUAUUUUCCAUAAGUGAACUUGAUGUUUGUGAUAAAGUUUGAUAACCAUUGAAGUAUGGUUCCACAAUGUUGUAUGAGACAUUAAUCCGAAAAAAAUGUUGUCCUGGAUUAUCUGUUGCCCCUAAGAAUUCAGAUUAGACACAACGGUGACAGUAACACAUAGCAAUGGUUGAAUAUGGUUAUGCAUGUCAUUGUUGUUUGGACAGUUGACACCAACAUGUUGUUAGCUUUAGGGUAUUGAUUCGGAAUAAGGAAUAUGAGGAAGUCUCCAAAUGCUAAAGACGUGCCAAAGGCCAUAAUGUUUUCGUUUUAAUUUCUUUUUUACUAGCAUGUUUCCCGAAUAGGUUUGCUUGUGUCUUUUUGUUGGCUUUGCUUGUGUGAUAUUAUCUAAAAUGAGUUUAGAUAGAGAUGAUUGUAUGUGAUAUUAAACCGAGCUCUGAAUUUUAC